UCAGUUUUCUCAGUUUCUCAGUUUCCGUUGGAUUUUUUUUUUUCUUAUGACGCGGCUUGUCCUUCUCGCAGCCUGCGCUGCACUGGCGCUCGUUCUCGUCGCUGCGUGUGCUCCGCGCGGCUCCGACGCACUCUACUUUCUCGUCAGCGAAAGCGACCGCAAGUGCUUCCUGGAGGAGCUCCCCAGCGACACGGUCGUCAAAGUCAAGUACGAGUUGGAGGCGUACGACGAGGAGCUCGAGCGAUUCAUGCCCAGCCCGACAACGGGUCUCCACUUUAUCAUUCGCGAUCCGUCCAAGAACAUUAUCAUGCAAAAGGACUAUGGCGCAGCAGGAACUGUCAGCUUUACAUCGCACGAGCCAGGCGAACACACCAUCUGCCUCUCGACCAACACCACUCGCUACUUUGGCGGCAAGACGCUGAAAGUCGAUAUUGACAUUUCGCAAGGCGAGGAAGCCAACGAUUACAAGGAGAUCAUGAAGAAGGACAAGCUGACUGAACUCCAGGUCCGCGUCCGCCAAGUCAUGGAUCAAGUGCAGCAGAUUGCCAAUGAGCAAGCUUAUCAGCGAAUCCGCGAGGCAAAGUUCCGCGACACCAGCGAGAGCACAAAUGCUCGCGUUCUUUGGUGGUCGAUCGGGCAGACUGUCAUCUUGCUCGGCACCACCCUCUGGCAAGCGCACCACUUGCGCUCCUUCUUUAAGAAGAUCAAGAUUGUGUAAACAACCUUGUUUGGCGUGUGUGCUUUUUUUUGUGUUGUGCAAUUUGUCGAUUAAAACAUUAUUUGAGCA